UUGGAGGCGUUUUUUUGGUGUCAAAGGCUUCACCAAUUUUUUAAAAUUCCUAAAUUGCCCACUACAGAUAUAAAGUUCAGAAAAAUAAAAGAUAUGAAGAGGGUUAUUACUGUAAAAGACCAGAAAGAUGAAAGAAGAUAUAAAUACGGAACUACAGAAUUGUGCCGCAGAGAAAAGAAAAAGAAAAAAGAAAAAACGGAUCGCUCGCAGGCGCACACGAUCUGCAGACGAGAGAGAACUGUCAUGGCGCACGAUCUCAACACAAACGAAGAUUCAGACGACGUGAUGAUAGUUGAUUUGAGUACAUAUGGCUACAUUAGUACUCACCCCUCACUCAAUUUACGGUUCAUAUAUACAGAAAGAGGAGCAGAGCAAAAUCAAACAGGAGGAGAAAAUUAUAAUCAAGUUCGCUGAGAAUCUUGCAUAUUCACUUGAGGAAGUGGCUCACUUUUUGAGAACAGAGGGAUACUGGUGGAUUGCAACAAGGCUCUUUCAAACUUCAGUUUGUAGAGUCCACUCUUUUUGUUGAGGUUCAGGUCUGAAAUGCAAUUUUAGGGGUGCACAGAGGAAUAUUGAAUAUUUGAGGAAUUACUGUAUAACGUCAAAUUUCUUAUAUUCCAGGUAUGGUUUGGCUUUUUUUUAAUUUGAAAAAGAGUAGCUAGCCAAAAUGAGGUAUUGUUCUAAUCGUCUUAGUUCUGAUCGUCUUACUUCUUAUUCCUGCCCUAGCUUAAGCUUAAAAACAAAAAAUUUAAUUUUGAGAUAGAGAGCUGGAAGAGAACAAACUUUUCAAUUAGCCAAUUAAGAACAAAUGAAAUAAUAAACUUAUAUGGACCAACACUAUUAGCCAUAAUUUAGUCAUAGUUUAUAAGUUUAUUAUUGGUCCACACACUAAUAAUAAGUUCAUACUUAAGUUUAUUAUUGGUCCAUAUAAGCUAAAUUAAACAUAUGCUCAUAGUUUAUUAUUUCUUGAAUUAAGCUAAGUUCAUAAACUAAAUGCUAAGCUCAUACUUAAUCUAUUUUGUACAUCAGCAAGGGAGAUAUAUGUUCUCUAUCAGCAUUUGUACUAUUUUUAUUGCAUUCAAUUUGUGCAUUGUAAUCAUGUAUCUCUGGAUUCAAGUUUGUUUUGGUUUGGUUGAACUUAUAUGGACCUCAUUGAAGAAAAACGCUCACAAGAUGUUUUUUUUUAUUUUUUAUUUUUUAUAGAAAUACACCCCCAACGACUAAUGGACAAAAUGGAGCAGCCACGUGCCCGAGAUCGACAACGGCGACAGCCAAUGAGUUCUUCACAACAACAAACAUAUUUGGCACGGCGACGUGCAAUAGCUCAAGGAAAGCGUCCAAUGGUGGAAACUAGCUCAAGCAACAUAACAAAACAAGCUGCAGGAAAGGUACGAAAUAGGUGCCCUCAACAAAAGAAAAAAUUCCAAAGAGACGAGGGCUUUAGGAGACGUGUUUCCGUGUUUUCAUCUGGUUGGCGGAUGGGACAAUCAGUAAAAAUGAACACCGCUUAUCUUAGUGAGCUAAUUUUGAAAGAGUGGAAGAAAAAGAAGCAUGCACAUUGGCGAUACAAAAACGCACGUAGAGAUUUGAUGACACAAGAUAUUUAUCAAAUUAAACGAACUUGGAGAAAAGUUUUGCGCAUUAGGAGGCGAAAGCAUCGUGAACAGAACAACUUUUUAGCUAAGUUCUACAUCAAGCGUUUUGAGGAGUUCAAGCAUAAUAUAAAGAACUCUUCCAAUAAUUGGAGCAUGGGUGUUGCAAUAAGGAAAUUAUCUAAUUUCAUGUUUGAGCAACGACGGUUGACAAAUGGAUGGCUGAGAUGGAGUUGAUUGGAGCAUGUGGACUUUAUUGAACAAAUAUGUAUAUAGCCAUGUAUAGAAGUUUCUUUUUAAAUAAGUAUGUUUUUAUUUUGUGGUAGUUAACCAAUUCCAAUAAUAAGUACACUUAAAUGUG